AUGAUAUUUGAUCCAUCAUGUCGAUUUGUAGAAGAACUAUUACUUAAACCUUUGAAAGACAAUAGUAUUGUAUGCUCCAAUGAGGAAACAUCAAAACAAACAUUUUUAGAUACUUUGAUUUUGACUUUACAUGCAAACAUUGAACCAGAGUUUCAGGUCGAUUUUAAUAGUAAAUAUUCAUAUGGAAAGGCUACAAACUUGAUAAAAACAAGCAUGAGAAAGAGAAUUGCAAUUGAAUUUGACAAUAUUAAAACGGAAUGUAUAAAGUUAAAUGGAAUUCAUGAUAGUUGGCAAGAGGCUACUCGAAUCUCACUAUCUAUAAGCCUUUCAUCAGUUUCAAUUACACUAGAUUCUGAAAUAUUUUCCCCAGAUCAAUCAAUGAUCCAAGAAUACAAUUGCCUAAAAGAAAAAAUAUCAAUUCCUUUACCAUUAUAG